ACCAGAGGAGGCGGGACUUCAAGGGGUGUCAGUCCAACAGACAAGUAACCUGCUACUGUGGUUUGUGUGAUCCGGUGGUGUAUUAUUUUUGUGAGGAAAAAUCCAACUCCGGAGACAAAUUGACGACUGCCCGUUUUGAUACGAGUCCGUGGUUCCUCGACCUCCAUUGUCGGUCGACGUUUGUCUUUCUGGUUGGACGUUGAGAUUGGCAGCUGGGGGUGUCGUUAUUAGCUCAGAGUAGCUAACUUGUCCCUACAUAUCAGCUGCCUCAGCGCUGUAUGUGCGGCAAUAACAUGUCAGCGCCUUUACCUGCCAUUGUGCCUGCAGCCCGGAAAGCUACUGCAGCGGUGAUAUUUCUGCAUGGCCUUGGAGAUACAGGGCAUGGCUGGGCAGAGGCUUUUGCAGGCAUCAGGAUACCACAUGUGAAAUACAUCUGUCCUCAUGCUCCCACCAUGCCUGUUUCUUUGAACAUGAGAAUGUCAAUGCCUUCCUGGUUUGAUAUCUAUGGGUUAAACCCAGAUGCAGAGGAAGAUGAGAGUGGUAUAAAAAGAGCGUCAGAGAACAUUAAAGCCUUGAUAGAUCAAGAAGUGAAGAAUGGGAUACCUUCACACAGAAUAAUUCUGGGUGGAUUCUCACAAGGUGGAGCGCUGUCUCUCUACACGGCUUUGACAACUCAGCAGAAGCUCGCCGGUGUAGUCGCUCUGAGCUGUUGGCUUCCUCUCCGGAACUCCUUCCCUCAGGCUUCUGCCAGCAGUGCAAACAAGGAUAUGCAUGUCCUCCAAUGCCACGGGGAUUCCGACCCCCUGGUUCCGUUUAUAUUUGGCAGCCAGACAUUGGAGAAGAUGAAGAGCCUCAUCAAUCCAGCCAACAUUACCUUUAAGUCAUACAGGGGUCUACCUCACGGCGCCUGUCCAGAGGAAAUGGUGGAUGUCAAACGAUUCAUAGAGAAGCAGCUUCCUCCCAUCAGAGACGAGUGAGAUCCGGAGUUGUCGCAAACCAUGCACAGCACCAUCCGAGUCUUUUGGGCUCCUGCACUCGAGGAAUCAAUGACUUACUUGACAAUAAAACCACGCUGCUACUCAUAGAGCCAGGCACGUCUGUGGCUACAUGUUAGCCUGUGGAAGACCUGACUGUAAUGAUGCUGCAUCCUGACCUGGAUCCACUCACAGUCCUCAGUGUUACAGUAGAGUAACUCUAGUUGCUUGAUUGUAAAGCUGUUCGCUAUUGAGACAAGCCAUUACUUGUCAGAAACAUGUACUGGAAUAACUAGGGCUAUACUUUACGGUUAAAUACCUGCUAUCUCAAAAUAAACGGCCUGUUAAUUUUUA